UCUCCUGGAAGCUUCUGUACCUGUCACUUAUUGGGAGAAAGAGGAAAUUUUCUGUUUCUCUAAUUAGCCUGAAUAUUUCAUUUAAUAAAACAGGUAACUAAGACAAAUAUGUAAGCUAUUAUUCUUCAAGCACCAUGUAUAUACAAAUACUUAAGUAUUUAUAUUUUAAUAAAGGCACAGGCAAGUUUAUAAAAACCUAACAUAAGAAUUCAUUACAACAAUUUUAUUAAUAACCAUUUUUGCAUCAAUAUUAGGAAUCAACCCCUACAAAUUAGUACAAUUUUCAUCAGUAUAAAUAAGAUCAGACUCUAGCCCAAUGUUGCAGAUUUUCCUCUGAGGCUAUAUUGACACAGCAAUUAAACACCCACAACUGGCCUCGGUCAGCUGACUCAGGCUCACAGUUAGGCUGCAGAGCUGUAAAACUACUGUCCAGACAUUCGGGCUCAGGCUGGAGCCCAAGCUGUGGGAGAAUCCCAAAGUCCAGGCUCUAGCCUGAGCUCAAAAGUGGGACUGCUUAGCUGAGAUAGUUAUACGUAGGUAUAGAUAGUGCUAAAACUGAAGAUUUCUGGGUAUAUGUUUAAUAAUUUGUUAUGUUAUGUGAAAUCCAAUACUCCAGACCGUUUACCUUGACUGCCCCUUACAUUUGGUUUAUGCUCUAUUCCAGCCGUUCUCAAACUGUGGGUCGGGAUCCAAAAGUGGGUUGUGACCCCGUUUUAAUUGGGUCGCCAGGGCUGGGGCCCAGGACCAAAGCCCAAACCUGAGGGCUUCAGUCCUGGGCAGCAGGGCUCAGGUUACAGGCCACAUGAUUGGGGCUGAAGCCCUUGGGCUUUGGUUUUGGCCCCCUGGCCUAGGGUGAUGGGGCUUUGGCUUUGCCCCCCACCUCCACCCGGGGUGGCAGAGCUUGGGCAGGAUCAGGCUUCGGUCCCUACUCCUGGGGUUCUGAAGUAAUUUUUGUUGUGAGAAGGGGGUCGUGGUGCAAUGAAGUUUGAGAACCCCUGCUAUAUUCUAUUUAGUCCACAUGAGAAGGAUGUGCUAAGGCUAAUGACUCUGUGGUCUUGGCCAAUUUCUGGCCAAACCAUACUGUAAAUCAUUUUGAUGGAAUGGUAGGUUGGUACUUCUUCAAUCAUAGCCUACCACAAUAAUGUAAUGCCUUAUUGCUAUUUUUCCAUUUGAGCCAAAAAAAUAAAAUGAAAUGAAUCUGUGCCCAUACUGUGGAUCAUGGGUUUUAAUUAUUGUAUUUAGAUUUGUUGGUAGUGUUUCUGUUAAAAGGUCUCAUUUCUCAUUGUCUCAGAAAUACUGUAUUACUCCAACUGCUGUAUUACCAUGAGCUUCAUAUAGGCCUUGUUAAACUCAAGAGUUUGCAGAUUAGGAGAGAUUAUCAAAACUGGCCUUGUUGAUGCCAAACCUGGCCCCUCUCUCACAUGCAACCAGUUCUGACACUUUUUAAAACUCUUUUAGUGACCCUUCUCUUAAGAUUGGUUCCUAGACACCCGGGAGCCCCUGAUAAAAUCCUCAUCAGGACUGACUGCUUGCUGGAGAGUAUCAUCCUGGAAUGACAUACGUAGGCAGGUGUUAACUCUUGAGAUGUAUGCUAGAGAGCACACCUGCACACCGGACAAUAAAACAUCUGAAUUUUCAGAUACAGACAGAGCAACUACUGGGCAAACUACAGAGAUUGUUUCCAAUACCGCAAAUAACUAAGAAAUAUGUAUAUAAUUUUAAAAAAUUCAAAACAAUUUUCAGAACGUCCUGACACUUUUUCAGUAUCUCCAUAACCACAAAUGCAGACGGACUCUCUCAGGAGAAAUUACCUCUAUUGAUCUUUCCCUAGGAAGCGCUCACAAUUUGGAAUGCCUCAGAGGGGUAAGAAGCAAUGAGGUGUAGUUACUUACUAUACAUUAUAUAAAGACCUUUUCAAAGGACACAUUUAAUUCAGUGUUUAAACUACUUAUGUUACUUCAUUUUUAAUAAUACAACACACAUUAAAGCAAAACUUUUUACACAUUUAGUAAAAGGAAAGAAAGAAAAUAAUGCAAUGUAAUUCAGAACAGAUCAGAAUGACAUGGUGCCACAGCAACCGGAAGAGAAAUAAACAACAGUCCACCAAGGAGCCAAGGGUAGCAGGGGGCCCAGUUGUAAAAGAAAGAUCCUGUUGUGACCAACAAAAAUCCUCCUUCAUAGUGGCUGGUUCGAAGCGGAGAGCGGAAGGAAGCAUACAGUAGAGCCAGUCCCCGCCCCCCAGCACUCACCCAAGCGCACCCCUGGGCGGAAGGUGGUCGGUGCAUCAGCCCUCCCGCAGUGCGGGCGGGGCGGCCUGAACCCGCACGAUGGCAUUAGCCGCCCGCGGCGCGCUCCGCGGAGUUGGUACGUUCUGCGCGCAGACGCUGCUGCUCCGAUCCUGCCACCGCUUGCUCCGGCGCGGCCAAGCCCGGGCACUGGGAGCCGCCGCCGCCUCCUCCAUGGCGCCCAGUGUUCAGUUCUCGCCCGCCCAACGCAGCCUGUUCGAUGAGCCGCUGGCCAUCGCGGUGCAGGGGCUGUGCCCGCAACAGGAGGUCACUCUCCGGCUGUCUCUGCAGGACGAGGGGGGCGAGCUCUUCCAGUCCUGCGCCCGCUACCAGGCAGGGAGCAGCGGGGAGCUGGACCUCACCCGCUCCCCGGCGCUGCCGGGACUGGGAGGCAGCUUCUCCGGCCUGGAGCCCAUGGGGCUGUUCUGGUCCCUUCAGCCCCAGAAACCCUUCAGGCGGCUGGUGAAGCGGGAUGUGGAGAGCCCCUUCUGCCUGGAGCUGGAGGUGUUCGAGGGCCACGGGCCCCUCCCCAGCCGGCUGCUGGCCAGGGGUGCCCACGAGCGGGGCUUCCUGCGGGACGGGGUGAGGAGGAUCCCGGUGCGAGAGGGGAGGAUCCGGGCCACACUUUUCCUGCCUCCUGAAGAUGGCCCCUUUCCUGGAAUCAUUGACAUAUAUGGUACUGGAGGGGGGCUUCCUGAAUAUAGGGCAAGCCUGCUGGCCAAUCAUGGCUUUGCCACACUGGCUCUGGCUUACUAUGGCUAUGAAGAUCUCCCCAAAGAUAUGAAGGAAUUCCAUCUAGAGUAUUUUGAGGAAGCUGUGAACUAUAUGUUGCAACACUCACAGGUUAAAGGUCCUGGAAUUGGGUUACUUGGAAUCUCUAAAGGUGGUGACCUAUGUAUCUCCAUGGCUUCCUUCUUAAAAGGCAUUACUGCCACUGUCACCAUCAAUGGCUCUGUGGCCAAUGUGGGUGCAGUGCUUCGUUACAAGGAUAUCACCAUUCCACCUCUUGGCAUCAAUCGGAAGCGCAUCAAGAUUGAUAAGUCUGGGAUUGCAGAUAUUGUGGAUGUCUUGAAUAACCCACUAGAGGGACCUGACCGUCAAAGCUUUAUCCCACUGGAGAAGGCUGAGGGGCACUUCCUGUUCAUUGUUGGCAAAGAUGAUCAUAACUGGAAGAGUGAAUUAUUUGCCACUGCAGCCUCCAAUCGUUUGCAGGCUCAUGGGAAGGAAAAGCCUGUGAUAGUCUGUUACCCUGGAGCAGGGCAUUAUAUUGAACCACCCUUUUCCCCAAUGUGCUCAGCCUCAAUGCACCUGUUGGUUGGCAACCCUGUGAUCUGGGGAGGUGAGCCCAAAGCUCAUUCUGUGGCACAAGUGGAUGCUUGGCAGAAAAUCCAAGCCUUCUUCCACAAACACCUCAGUGGUAAACAAUGUGUAACAGGCAAGCUGUGACAUACCUGGUUAUAAGGUGCAUUUUACAGAUGAAAUUACUAGUUGUUAAAGUUUACUUGGGUAAAAGAAUCUUUCAGUGAGUAUGAAAGGGAAUUUGAGUGAAUAAAACUUUAAGCUGAAUUUUUUUGUUCCUCCCCUCCACUGCCCAGGUUGCUGCUGGACCUUAGAGGACCAGAGGGUUUUCUGUUUUCUCAGCCCAUGGGACAUGACCCACUUGCAAGUCACACCCCACAAGUUGAGGAUUAGUGCACAGUAGAGUUAACUUUCAGCCUACUGUGUGGGGAUUUAGCCUUUACAUAUGAUUCUCAUUCUAAUCUCAUGGCUUGGAUUAUAAGCAACUGAAUUGAAAUAUUGUCUUGCUUCUGAAUUAAAUUUACUUAAACUGUUUGUUGGUUUGAUAAAUUUCAAAAUCCAGUGCCUUGCAAAUCCAAGCUAAAAUUGAUUGACUGUAAAACCAACUCAGUGUUUUAUGGAGGUUUUUUUUCAUUAUCAUUAAAAUUAAAUAAAUACAUAUUUGAGGA